GAUUCCCUGAAGAGGUGCCAUGAAUGUAGCUAUCAAUUGAGAUGGCGCUGAACUCGUGGAAAACGUUCGAUUUCUUCGAAGUCAGCCAAGUCAAACCGCCGGACGAGGAGGGCAAGUCCUUCGAGAGCAACGAGAUCAGCUGUGUUUGCUCUGGAUCAGGGAACCUGUUUCUCGGGAGCUACAAUGGCAUUGUACGGAUUCUAUCGUCAUCGUUCAAGGUCGUGCGAUCCUUCCAGGCGCACGAUACGGGUUCGAUUACACAUAUGAAGCAGGUGGAGGGCACGUCGUUGCUGGUUACAAUAGCUGAAGAUAUGCCCAAUGAGCCUGUAUUGAAAGUGUGGGCGCUGGACAAGCCAGUUAAGAAGACCGGACUGCCCACUUGUCAGUCGACGUUAAGCAUCAGUAAUGGCCGGAAACCGUUCCCGAUAUCUGCAUUUACGGCUCUGGACGACCUUUCACAACUCGCAGUGGGUUUCGCAAACGGCUCCGUAACUAUCAUAAGAGGAGACUUGGUACACGAUCGAGGCGCCAAGCAGCGCAUCGUUCACGAAUCGGAAGAACCUGUCACCGGUGUGGAGUUUCGGGUGGAUUCAAGGCUCACGACUCUGUUUGUUGCUACUACAGCGCGCAUUUUGAAGCUUGUCAUCUCGGGACGGGGGCAGGGACAGCCCGCCCGGACUGUGGAGGAUGCGGGCUGCGGUAUUGGCUGCAUGACAGUUGAUGAUAGAAACGGAGAUAUUGUUGUUGCCCGAGAUGAUGCUAUUUACUAUUAUGGCGUCGAUGGACGAGGUCCAUGUGUUGGUUGCGAUGGCCCAAAAAGUUUGGUGGCUAUAUAUGAGGAUUAUGUUGCUCUCGUUUCACCACCUGCUACGAACACAUCCUCAGCAAAACCAAGCACUCUUCGACAGUUUGGUGGUGCCCAAGCGGACGAAAUCUUCAAUACCUCGACUUUCACGUUACUAGAUACGGAUUUGAAGUUUGUUGCCCAUUCGGAAUCCAUGGUCUCCCAAGUCAAGACCAUGUUUACGAUUUGGGGUGAUCUAUUUACACUCACACAAGAUGGCAAGAUAUUUCGGUAUCACGAGAAACCGUUACAACAAAGAUUGGAAAUAUUGUAUCAACGAAAUCUGUUCCUUCCUGCCAUCAACCUCGCACAGAAAUCUGGCAUGGAUGCGCAGCAACAGAAUGCGAUUUUCCGAAGGUAUGGAGAUUCUCUAUAUCAGAAGGGAGAAUACGACAAUGCUAUGCAGCAGUAUUUGAAAGCGAUUGACAACACCGAACCUUCUCAGGUUAUUCGAAAAUACCUCGAUACCCAACGAAUACAUAAUCUGAUCGAAUACCUUGAGGAAUUACACGAGCAUCAUAAAGCAACUGCUGACCACACCACUCUGCUUUUGAAUUGUUAUGCAAAGCUUAAGGAUAUUGAUAAGCUUGAAAAGUUCAUCAAGUCGCCCGGUGAUCUCAAAUUCGACCUAGACACCGCCAUCUCUAUGUGUAGACAGGGUGGCUACUAUGAACAAGCUGCAUACCUUGCUACAAAGCAUGAUGAACACGAAUUGGUUGUUGACAUAUUAAUCGAAGAUUCCAAGAAGUACGGGGAAGCGCUCCAAUACAUAUGGCGCUUAGAACCGGAAACUGCAUAUUCAAAUCUGAUGAAGUAUGCGAGGGUAUUGCUAGAAAAUUGCCCAAAGGAAGCAACGCAGCUCUUUGUUGACUACUUUACCGGUCACUAUCGACCGAAGAAAGAUGCUGUCACUGAACCCGCAGCGCAGCAGCCAGCCUAUGGAGCUGGAGCUGUGAAUGCUGUACAGAACCUAAGAGAUCUCCUCCCGCUCCCAUACAUGAACACCUCUGCCGUCACAUCGCCACCAGCUCAAGGCAACGUCGUGCCCACUUUGAGCGACUCUCAAGUCGCAGAGAACGCAGAUAAUAUAUCAGCGCCCCAAUACACCCCACCACAACCAAGGACUGCCUUUUCGUCUUUUGUUGACCACCCAGACGAAUUCAUAGUGUUUCUAGAGGCUUGUCUAAACGAGAAAGAUCUCAAGGAACGAGAUAAAAUAGAUCUCUAUACUACCCUCUUCGAGAUGUAUUUGCAUAAGUCAAACGAGAAGAAGGGUGCCAAUAGGGAAGAGUGGGAGGCCAAAGCGAAGAGCCUUAUUGAGGAUAAGAACAUCCCGAUAGAUACAUCAAAUGUCCUCUUACUAUCUCACCUAUCCGACUUCCGGGACGGCACCAUUCUUGUCCGAGAACAGGCUGGUCUUCGAUUUGAUAUCUUCCGCUCAUAUACCUCAGCAAAAGACACACGUGGCGCCAUCAAAGCACUUCGAAAAUACGGCCCGGAAGAACCACAACUCUACCCCGCCGCGUUAGCAUACUUCACCUCCGACCCACGCAUCCUAGAAGAGGCCGGCAGCGAACUAGAUGCCGUGCUCAAGAAGAUAGAUGAAGAUGGCCUAAUGGCUCCCCUACAAGUCAUCCAGACCCUGAGCACCAACGCCGUAGCGACAAUGGGCAUGGUCAAGAGCUACCUCCAGCAAACCAUCGAGCGCGAACGGAAAGAAAUCGCCUCCAACAGGCGUCUCAUCGCAUCCUACCGCACCGAGACCCUCGACAAGCGCCAGGAGAUCUCCGACCUCAACACGAAGCCCCAAACUUUUAACGCUACGCGCUGCUCCGCCUGCGGCGGCCAGCUCUACCCUCCCAUCGUGCACUUCCUGUGCAAGCACAGCUACCAUCAGACGCAAUGCCUCAAUGUCCAGGUCGACGAAGACGGGAACGUGGAUGGCGAUUGCCCGAAAUGUCGGAAGGACAAUGAUACGAUUCGUGCGAUUAGGAGGGCUCAGGAUGAGACUGCUGAUCGGCAUGAUUUGUUCUUAGAUGCGUUGGGGAGGAGUAAUGAUAAGUUCGGCACUAUAAGUGAGUUUUUUGGGAGGGGGGUCAUGGAUGUUCCAGCUAUUGAUUAGGCAGAAACAAUCAAGAUACGGUUCCGCUUUGCAGACCCUAUACGUAUCUAUCCAUUAAUCUAGGAUCAGAAAACAGGUGGAUAACCCGUGUCAGCAACUUCUAGAGACGUAAAACCCCUCCCUCCCACCAACAACGAAGGGAUAUCCAGUUAUGGAUACACGUUCGGAGAACUCCUCUCCUGACAAUGCAAAUGAAUGUUCCUAUGAAUGUUGAAUUACCUAAGGUACCUUCGUAUGCUCCUCCACGCACGCUAUGCAUGUUUCAUGAUGUUGAAUUUCAUGCUCCGUUUUCCAUCCUCACCCACUAAGGGGUUUUGUUGUGCUUAAGCCGUCGAUCGAGACUUCUUCUCUUGCCCAUGAAGACGU